AUGAUCGAUCGUUGAUAUCAGAAAAUAAAAUAAUAAAAUCCAGAGAUGACCCAUAUUUUUUAAAAAGCUAACUAUCAUUAAAAAGUCAUUAUGGUAUUGCGUAUUUAAAAUUGAAUUUUUGUAUCAUUAAACGUGAAUCUUUGAUGCUUCUUGAUGUUAUAGCUUUUAGAAGUUAGCCCUCAAUACGUGAACAUUUAUUUAAUGUAAAAAAAGCUCUUUAUCCUAUAUGUAUUUUUUUAUUAUUAUUUUAUUUUUCUAAAUGUAUAUAAAAUAAAAAGCUUUCAGCGCAAGUCUCGCCUUCGUUCAAGCUAUUGAUCCAUAUUCCAGUUGGUGUUUCUUAACAUAAGGCACUAGGUGCACGGUUGCACAUCGUAAAUAACGCCCUAUUUUAUUUUUUAUCCAUCAUUCAAAAAUUAUAAAAUUUAAUUACCAAAAAAUUAAAUUUUAAUUAUACAGUUUAAUAAGACAAAUUUUUGAAUUUAUUAAUUUAAAAAAUAAAAUAUCAAAAAUGGCCAAAAUGGUCAGUGAAAGUGAUUUUGAUGAUGGACCAUUGGUAACACAUAUGAAUACCGUAUGGACAAGCAACAUCAUUGAAAUAUGCGUCGGAGCAGCAGCUUUGGGAUGCGCCGCCGCUUUGAUAUGGUGGCUGUGUCAACGACGUAGAGAACAUGUUAAAUUAAGUAUGGAUAAAUCAUUGGCAUUUAGACCACCUCAUCGUAAACCAACAGCAGUUAAAAGUCCAGGAAGUACUGGUCAUUAUUUAAAAAAAAGUCCAAGUCCAACUGGUCCAGCUAAAAGUCCACCAGGUUCUGGUGGUUUAACACCAAGUCCAACUGGUUUACAGCCAUCAUCACCAAAUUCAAAUAAUAUUAUAACACAAAUUAAAUCACCAAUUAAAAAUGGUACACCAGCACAAACACCAUCAAUUGAUGUUACAUUUAAUAUUGAAAAUGAAAAAGAUAAAGCUGAUAUGGAAACAAGUGAAAAAAUUGAACGUGCUACUAUUGUCAAUGGAAAUACAAAUUAUGAUGGACUUGGACAAUUGGUAUUUAAAUUACGUUAUCAAUGUGAUCAAAAUGCACUUGUUGUUACUGUUGUUAAAUGCAAGGGUUUACCAGCACGAGGUCAAGGAAAUGCAACUAGUGAUCCUUAUGUUAAACUUCAAUUAUUACCAGAUAAACAGGAUCGUGUUAAAACUCGUGUAUUAAGAAACACAAGAGAUCCAAUUUAUGAUGAAGAUUUUACAUUUUUUGGUAUAUCACAAUCACAGCUGCAGAAAAUCAGCUUACACUUUGUUGUAUUGAGUUUUGAUAGAUACUCGAGAGAUGAUAUGAUUGGUGAAGUUAUUUGUCCAUUGUCAUCAGUUGCUAAUAUUGAAAAUGCUGAUAAUCAACAAUUAUCAUUGUGUCGAGAAAUUUGUCCACGAAGUCUCAAGAUUCAAGCACAAGGUAGAGGUGAAUUAUUGGUAUCACUUUGUUGGCAACCAGCAGCAAAUAGACUAACUGUUGUUGUAUUAAAAGCAAGAAAUUUACCAAAAAUGGAUGUAACUGGUCUUGCUGAUCCAUAUGUUAAGAUUUAUUUGCUUUAUAAUUCUCAACGUAUUGCUAAAAAAAAAACUCAUGUUAAAAAACGUACAUUAAGUCCAGUAUUUAAUGAAUCAUUUGUAUUUGAAAUACCAAAUGGUACUGAUGGUCUUACGAAUGUAAGUCUUGAAUUUAUGCUUCUUGAUUGGGAUCGUGUAACAAAAAAUGAGGUGAUUGGACGACUUGAACUUGGUGGUGCCAAGUGUCAAGGUUCAGCGCUAAAUCAUUGGAAUGAAGUAUGUAGUUCACCACGUCGACAAAUUGCCGAUUGGCAUAAACUUCGAGAGUAACAUCUUUAAUUUUAAAUUUAAAUAUUAAUUUAAACUAAAAAAAAAACAGACUAACAAACCCCAGACCCAAUUUAAUCUGGAUCCAUAAAAGGUAUCCUCAAAAAAAUUAAGAUGAACAGUAUAUUAUUUCAUCGUUAAAUAUCCAGCUACGUGGAACCACGAGACAAGAUGGAUCGAACAACUGUAAGAUGAGAUUAUCAAUUUUAUAAAAAAUAAAAAAAAAAAAAAACAAAAUAAAAAAGAUAUUUGAAAUUUAAUCAGACAAGGUAUAAGAAAAAAAAUCGAGGAAAAAAGUAGAUAUAAUAUAAAAAAUUUUCUUCAUUUUUUGUUUAUAUUGUUAUUAUUAUUUUAUUUUUAUUUUUUUUCGCGACCUCAUAUAACUCGAUAACUUGUCUCGUAAAUAAUAUUAUUGAAAAAAUAAAAAAGCAGAAUUGUGAUGCUUCAAAAUCUUUUUUUUUUUUUUUUUUCUUUUGACAAAUCGAAAUGAUUAAAAAGAAAAAAAAAGAAAAUAUUAUAAUAUAGAUGUGAAGAUUUGCCUGACUGGAUGGAACACGAUGGUGAAUAUAUUAUCAGCAUGAAAAGAUAAAUUUUUUCUUUGACAUUACACUCAUAAUGCACCUGUUACUCUAAUUAAUUAAAAAUAAGUUAUUAAAUUUAUUUAUUUAAAAAAAAGAAAAACAGUAUUUAAAUUUGAGGGUCAAUCUCUUUGUAAGCAAUUGUAAAUAUCUCACUGAGAAAAUAUUUAUUAUUUUUUUAAAUUGUUAUUUAAUUUUGUUUUUUUGUUUUUUAUUAUUACGAUAUAAUAAUUUAUUUACAAUAGUAAAUUGUUGAUUUUAUAAUCAAUAAAACAAAUAAAAACUUUUAGCUCACACGUAAAUCAAUGCAACGAUGCAAUUUUUUAGAACAGAUAUUAUUAACAAUACCGAUCAUUACGCAAGUCAAUAAACAAGGAUUUUAAAAAAACAAAUUUUGAUUAAUUUUAACACAUGUGAUUGCAAAAAUUAGCUGGACAACUGAAAUAUUUGAAUUGAAAGUAAUUGAAACGUAAAAUUAAAUACACUCAACAUAUAUUAAUAUAUAUCAUCAAGACUUAUUGAUUACACUCAUUGAUAAAAGAAAUAAUAAAUUAUUAUUAAUAAAAAAAAUCAACAGCAAAAAACAAUAUAUAAAAAAAAAAAAAUCUAUCAUUAGAUAAUUUGAUCUAAUCAGAAUGACAUUGUAGCCAAGAGUGUCUGAUUAUUUCUUAAACUAUCAUAAUAAAUAAAUAAUGAAUUAUCAAAAAAAAAAAAAGAAAUAAUUAUAAAAUAGUUAAUCGCGUUGCAAAAAAAUUUUUAAUGCUUAUUAUUAUGUCACUUGUUUUCAUCGAUUAUAACAAAAAAAAUAUAUAUAUAAAUGGAAAUAAGAAAUUCAACGUGUAAUAUAAUAUAUAAAUUCUUGAUAAUAUAAUUAAGACUUUUUUUUUUUUUAUUAAAUAAAUGCACCGUCAUCGAUUAAAUUCGUUGUCUAUUUGUAAGAAAAGUUGUACGUAAUUACGUUAUUCAUUUGAUUGGCUGUGUCUUUGUCUUUCCUUGAUUGAUUAUUUUAUUAUUUAUUAUUUGAAGAAUAAUAAAAAAUAUAUUGUAUGUUUAACUAAUUUGUGUGUAUAAUUAAUAUAUUUUUGAUGAAGACGGUGACAUUAUAUAUACGUAUUUCAAUGACGACGCAGUGGUUGCAGUGGAUGUAAAAUAUUUAAAGGCUGUGCAGUCAAUAAAAAUGUUUAAAAAUGAA